AUGUCCGACGCACAACCGCCCACCGACGGCAACGGUCAGGACCGACAGCCACCCUCCGAUCCUCAAGCUGGCCCAUCAACGGCAGCCGCACCCGCAGCAGACGGCGAUGCCAAGAUGGCCCCUGCCGAGCCCGAAGAAGAGCCUCUGGACCAAGAGAUCCUCGACGCAACCAUCGAGGAGAUUCAGACACGCACGCGCCUCCUCGAAAAUGACGUCAAGGUGAUGCGAUCCGAACACAUGCGUCUCAUGCACGAACAGUCGUCUAAGCGCGACAUGAUCAAGGACAACUCGGACAAGAUCAAGCAGAACAAGAUGCUCCCUUACCUCGUCGGAAACGUAGUCGAGAUCCUCGACAUCGAUCCGGACAUUGACGAGGAGUCUGAAGAAGGUGCCAACGUCGACUUGGACGCGAGGAGGAAAGGCAAAUGUGCGGUAAUCAAGACGAGCACGCGUCAGACCAUCUUUUUGCCCCUCAUCGGGUUGGUCCCCGCCGAAGAGCUGCGUCCAGGUGACUUGAUCGGUGUCAACAAGGAUAGCUACCUGGUGCUCGACAAGCUGCCUGCUGAAUACGAUUCGCGUGUCAAGGCGAUGGAGGUCGACGAGCGACCCACUGAGACAUACACGGACAUCGGUGGUCUGGACAAGCAGAUCGAAGAGCUGGUCGAAGCCAUCGUGCUGCCCAUGCAGCAAGAGGCCAAGUUCAAGAACCUCGGCAUCCGACCACCCAAAGGUGCGCUCAUGUACGGUCCUCCCGGUACCGGUAAGACACUCUUGGCGCGUGCGUGUGCAGCCCAAACCAACGCAUGCUACCUCAAACUCGCCGGCCCUUCUCUGGUGCAGAUGUUCAUCGGUGACGGCGCCAAGCUCGUCCGUGACGCCUUCGAGCUCGCUAAAGAAAAAGCACCCGCCAUCAUCUUCAUCGACGAACUCGAUGCGAUAGGAACAAAACGUUUCGACUCGGACAAAUCUGGCGAUCGCGAAGUCCAACGAACCAUGCUCGAGCUUCUCAACCAACUCGACGGCUUCUCGUCCGACGAACGCAUCAAGGUCAUCGCAGCCACCAACCGAAUCGACAUUCUCGACCCUGCCUUGCUCCGAUCCGGUAGAUUGGAUCGAAAGAUCGAGUUCCCGCUGCCGAACGAAGAGGCGAGGGCGAGGAUCAUGGAGAUUCACAGUAGGAAGAUGGCUGUGGGACCCAAUGUCAACUUUGAGGAGUUGGCGAGGUCGACGGACGAGAUGAACGGUGCGCAGUUGAAGGCGGUCUGUGUGGAGGCGGGGAUGAUCGCGUUGAGGGAGGGCGCGACGGUGCUGGAUCAUGAGCAUUUCCAUGGGGGUAUCCAGGAGGUUCAGGCCAAGAAGAAGAACGACCAGUUCUACUUUUCGUAA